AUGGACCUACAAGAUGCGGGUGAUUCGAAUAAUUCCGACCCGCUGAACAAUUUUAGCUCUAGUGCAAAUGUAAAGCUAGGAGCGACUCUCAACCAAGGAGAGGACAUUCCUCCUGCAAAUUCUCCUGCCACUUCAAUAUCUUCUAUAAUUAGUGAGCAAUCGGAAGCUUUUCGCAAUUCUCCAUUCCUCUCACAAUCUCCAUUGAGUUCUUCUGCGAUGUUCCAGCGUCCGGACAUUUCCGGUGAGAACGAAAGACCAAUGUCUUAUCCAUCCAUGUCAUCCUUCUCAACAAAUGUUCCCGACUCGGAAUGUUCUAGCAGAAGCAGUGUAGAUGGAUACAACUUGAAGGAUUCCACAUCAGAGAAUAUAAAGUUAUUCCGACAGCGCCACAAAGCUCCUUCGAGUGAAUCAUCAAGCGACGAAGACGCCGAUAUCAAUGAAACUGAAGCCGUCAGAAAAAUCAGUUCAAAGAGUAGCGAAGAGAAAUUCGUGCCUCGGGGAAUCGAUGCUCCAAGAGGAAGAAUUGCAAAUAUCCGUCGAGAAAGUAGCUGUUCGGUAGACAGUGAAGCUGCCCACGAGCGUUUGGUAAAAGCAGCACAAGUAGUUUCAAAUGGCUUCGAUGAUAUAGCACUGGAAGCUGAGCGGUCACCUGGACCGUCGACAGAUUUCCGACGAAGAGCUCCGUCGUUCAACACAAUCAUCGGAGAGCCAAUUAGUGUGGUGACUAAUGCAUUCAUCACAAAUAGUUGCUCACCCAGUCCAACUCGCCCUCCAGCAGAUAUCAUCAAGCAAUGUUAUUCACCUUCAACUCAACAAAUGGUUCGUCCCAACAUUUCGUACAGCCCAAGUCCACGGCCCAGUCCUGCUCAAAGUCCAACAAGACAUGGUCAUCAGAAGCUGAAAUUCCAAAGAGCGGAGUCACCCAUCUGUCGUACACCAGUCAAACGUAAAAUCACAUUGUCGAGUCAAUGUGAAUCAGAAACUAAAAAGAUGUUUUCGCCUAGAAGCAACACAUCACCAUUGGUUACUGACAAAACAUUCCCGUAUCCAACAUUCAGCCAAAUGUAUGAAUCGUCGUCUUCCAGCACUGAAUUCACAUCAUUCUCUGUUCCACAUAGUCCAGGAGACCUUAGAUCGCUGAGACCUCUGACUCCAAUGAGUAAUCUAUCUGUAAGCGAUCAAGACGAUAAUUCGUCGAGUGUCAAGGAUGCCGUAGAGAAAAUAGACCUGGAAGACGAGAUGAAUGAGGAUAUCACGGACGAUAUUAAUAUGAAUGAGGAUGAUAUCAAAACGGACGAAGACUUGCUCCGUGCUGCAACUGAAGCAGAUCUUCCAGAUGAUGAUGACGACGAUAGCAUUUUCGAUUUUGACGACCAGUCUGAUACAAACUCGAAUGCUGAUUAA